AUGAUUGCAGAGGCGGAAAAUUCGACCGGGUUACCGACUCAAUUUGCGGUAAAGAAAACCUAUGGGCGCAAAAAAAGACGGCCAGCUGCGCUUCCAUCGAAAAUAGAAAAAAGAAGAGAAUCAAAUGCUAGCCUCUCAUCUUUCUUUCCGCAUCAGACAACCAAUUGCCACUUGAACGUCCAUUUUUCGCCUUUCAAAAGUCUGCAGAAGUACCUUCGUGCUGGAAUAUCCGCUGCUGAAAUGGCCUCUCAGAAUGUAUUUGACCUGGUACCGACUACCUCCCCCGUUCAAAUAAAUGCUCUUAGUAGGCCAUCACGAGCGACCACUUCUAAAGGUCAAGCAAAGAGAAAAGUUGUUACUCAGCUGGCGAAGGCCAUUUCAGGGGAACCCAAUUCGCCAGCUGUUGUUUCGUUAGAGCCUUGUCCUCAAAACCGCAGUGCCAAAAAGCUCUCGAUAUCCGAACCCUUAUUAAAGGGCCAACAAGCUUUCUCCCCCGAACAUGCUAUUGAGUUAUCUCCUUCUGCUAAUUUUUUGAAGGAAAAUUUUUGUCUGAGUAAUUCGAUGGAAGAGAAUCCAUUUCUGGAAUCAACAUUUUUGUCGAAUGCGAAAAGACCCGAGGCAGAGCCAGUGCUGAAGAGAUAUCCCGAGGCAGAGCCAGUGCUGAAGAGAUAUCCCGAUGCUACGAAAGCUACGACAAAAGACAUUUCAAACCUUUCACCUCCAAAAGAGAUAUCCAAUGUUUUUAGCCCCGAAGUGUCGACGAAGCCGAUGUGUUUGAACGAACCACCUCUAUUGUCUACGCUUUUGUUGAAUGCAUGCGACCAAGAGCAUGUUUUGGAUUUUAACUUUUUUAUGGAAGAAUUCAAGUACUUUGCUUUUUUAAUGGGUUAG